CCUGACACCAUGUCUGCCUAGUUGGAAAAAAAAACGUUAGUAACAUGAUGGUCAAACCCGGGCUCGGAGAAAUCUCGGCGCUCGACGAUGGUUGAUAUAUAAGUAAAUGUAUCCUCCAACGAUUUCAAUGAACAACUUUCAACGAACAUGCCCACCUCCGAUAACCAACGCAAAGUGGUCCCCGCCAACGCCUUCUCCAACGUCGUCCUCUCUGGAGUGGCCAAAGACGUACCUUCAUCCACUCCUCGCGACAUAAUCUUGACCGGGGGUAAGCCUCGCCCCAACAAACCUUUCAUGCUCGAUGGUUAUACAUCACGACCUCCCAAACGCUUACCGUCUAGACUUCCUCCUCCUGGCAACAUGAAAUUACACUUAGCUAUUGGCAACAAGAUUGGUCGUGGGCGUGUCGCACGCGUUUUCGAGGCCACUGUCGAUCUAGACAAAUCCAGUCCAGAGUUAGCUAGCAUGGCGUUACCACCUCUGGUUGUGAAGAUAUCACGACGCGAAGAUGCCAAGAAACUGGCUAGGGAAGCGUACUAUUAUGAAGAGAUGGAGUGCUUACAGGGUUCUGUUAUCCCUCGAUUUUAUGGCUUGUUCGAAGCUACUAUUCCCCCUGAGGUCGAAUUUGUUCCCUGGGUUUACGACAAGUUCAACCCCACCACCCGUCGUUACGACGAUUCAGGAUCUGAAAGCGAAGAAGAACGCGAAGAUACUAGCGACGAUGACAGCGAUGAUGACGACGGAGGGUCUUUCGAGGACGACAACAAUGAUGACGAUAAGAGCAAUGCUGACCCCGACGGCGAUGAUGAUAGCGAAGACUAUCACUCAGACUCGGACGAUGACGACGAGCGCAACCGUGACAACGAUCCUCCAGUUGUUCCACGUCCUACCCUCGUGAGUAUCCUUGUUCUGGAACGUGUAGGCGGACGGAUGCCUAUCGGCCAAAGACUCCCCCCUGCUUUACUUGAGGAGCUCGAUGAGAUGUAUUCGGAUCUGGCAAAACUCGGUGUCGAUCACGUUGACAUUCGUUACUUUAACAUUCUUCGCGCCCCGGAGCCUCUUCCUGACUUGCCAUCUUUACCUUCGCCUUUCACACAGCGCACUUACAAUUGGAGGCUUGUGGACUUCGACAACUCGUUCAAGACCAAUCGGCCACUUAACAUGUGGUUUGGGUAUUACCACUGUGUCCUUGACAGGCUUCUUGCAAACUUGCCCUAUGGCGACAUAUACGAGCCAUGGGAAUAAUGUUCUGCUUUCUCUAAACCUUUUGCAUUCGGUGUGAAGCUAUCGUGUUCUGUAUAACGCCAGAGCUUUCAUGUACAGGCUACUUUCUUUUGUGACAAUACAAAGUAAAUGUGUGAUAUACGGUGCUGGAUAUAGAAAUUUUAGAGCCUCACGGCGCGCAAGGUAGUAUGGCCACAUUCGAAACAUUUAUGUACCUUCUCAGAAGCUCAUUCGAACUUUAGUUGUCUUUCAACUC